AUGUCCAAGUUUCCUAAGGAAUGUGAAUCUGAAGGAAUAAAUGACAAAAUAAGUGUUUAUCUUAAUCUCUUGAGGCCAUUGUUGAUACCGGUUGAUGGACAAAGGAGUGAACGAGCAAAGAAGUUACUUGCAAGAUAUAGAGAGGCGAAUGGGACGAGCUACGAAGUUAGUGUUGGGGCGGGGCAAUCUCGAGGAUUGCCUUACGUUCACGGCUCAAAGCUGACCC